GCCAGACCACCAGACCGCCAAGGCAUCAGAGGCGAGAACGUCUGAAGGCGCCGUCCCAGCCUCGCCAUUACUCUACACAACCCGGGACAUCUUUUCACAUCUGGCAGGCAUCCAUCCUCCCAACCUCCGGGACCAGGAUCAAACCUGUCCGCAAUGCGGCUUAGUCAACGGGUCCCAAGUAAAGACCAGUCAAACCUUCCCUUGCCUGACCCCACGACCAACACCCAGUCCUAAUGGACACCAUCCGGCCUGUCCAGGCCCACAGCAUCAUCAGUCCUAAGAGAGGGAUGGAAGGUUCACUCCAGCUGCAGACACCACGUCCCCCUAAGGCCUGCGGCUCCCCUGGUCCUGGGAAACCAUGUUGGGACGUGGAUUUGCGGGUGACUGUGCUUCUGGUGGCUGUGGCAGGAGCUGUGAUUCUGCUGCUCUUGUACAAACUCCUCCAGAUGAGACACAGGCUGAGGGUGGCCAGGGCGGGGCAGGCUCUGAGGUACUACAGCUUCUACCAUGCCGCCACCUACACCCUCAGAGAUCCCCAGGUGGCGCCUGCCAAGAACGGAAACAUCUCUGAGGUCAACCCCGUGGUCCAGAUUGUUACUACGGCGACACCACCCACCAACCACCCACCGCCGCCGCCCCCGUCGGCGUCCCCUCCGCACCCACCGCCUCUACCCUCUCCUCCUGUGCCCCCUCCGCCUCCCCUCAUCCCUCCACCCCCACUGCCUCCAACUCCACCUCUCUUGACUCUCCCUCUCCCACUGCCCGUCAUCCACAACACCCCGCCCAGCCCUCACCUGUCGUGGGGCGCCAGCUCGGAUGUGGAGGUGUACUCCCGGAUCGGCGCCUUCAGGCCCUCCAGACUGUCCAGCCUGUCCAGCCAAACACAGGUCAUCCUGUUUGAGCACUCGUCACUUUGACCUGCCAAACUGGACAUCACCGAGACAAAGAACAUCAGUGAAAGUCGCCCGGGUUGGAAGUUAAAAGACAACAACACACACACACACACACACACACACACACACACACACACACACACACACACACACACACACACUGAAAAACACCACAAAAUACAUGUAAUGGUCGUAGUGUUGUGACGGAAACAACGAGUUUCCUGUUUCGCAUUGCUGGCUCGUUUUAAGAGAGGAAAUCAUGUCCCAGAGUUUUUCCUGCAUCAUGUCUCACAUGAGCCGGACCUCGAGUACCGUUAUCAUGUUUCACCCCAGGGGUUCGAAUCCCCGUGUUGCCUCCGGCUGGGUCCCUACACACACAAUUGGCCGUGUCUGCGGCCUCUGUCACACCAGCCACCUGCAUGUCCUCCCUCACCACCUCCAUAAACCUCCUCUUUGGCCUUCCUCUUCUCCUCUUCCCUGGCAGCUCCAUAUUCAGCAUCCUUCUCCCAGUAUACCCAGCAUCUCUCCUCCACACAUGUCCACACCAUCUCCAUCUUGUCUCUCUUGCUUUGUCUCCAAACCGUCCAACCUGAGCUGUCCCUCUAAUAGACUCCUUCCUAAUCCUGUCCUUCUUCAUCA